GCUAAGUAACACUUCCUGUGCGUUGAAUGUGUAGAAAAGUAAAUAACGGCUAAACAUGGUGCACUAAUUGGGAUUAUUGGUAAAUCGGAAAUCGUUUUUCGCGUGAAAAUAGUCUUACCUUUGAGAACUGUAGAUUUAGCGGCAAAAUCAUGACACUGACAACAAUUAAAGACGGCGAAUACACCGCCACUGUCUACAAAAUGAUCAAAGAUGGGCGGUAUGGAGAGGCUAUCCACAUCCUCAGCAAUGAACUGCAGAAACAGAUGAAGUCACGGGCAGCCCUGUCUCUGCUAGGCUACUGCUACUACCACAUGCAGGACUUCACCAACGCAGCAGAGUGCUAUGAGCAGCUGACCCAGCUACACCCCGAGGUGGAGGAGUACAGGCUGUAUUACGCCCAGUCUCUGUACGGGGCCUGUGCCUACCCCGAGGCCAUGAAGGCUACCUUUCUAUUGGACAACCCUACCAGCCACACCAAGGUACACUUCAUACAUGAAGUUAUAAUACCAAGGUAGGAAGUAGAAUCAGUGCUUCAUUUGAGCCGGAUCCUGCCACAACAGGACACAGAACCUCUCAGUUUUGGACUGUUUUGUUCCGGAACCUAUUUACCAGGAUCCGGAACCUCUCCUGCCCCACCAGGUAGAGUUAUAAUGUUUACUA